AUGCAGGCAACACGGGCAUUGUUAAAACGCUCUGUAUGGAAGGUUUUACCCUCCAAGAAACGGUUCCUGACUCCCAGCAACAGCCUCCCAAUCGUAUGGCCGAAAUCCGUAGACGACAAAGUGCCCCCCGUGCGCACCCAGGCCCGCUCCGCGACGAUUCUGCCUAAUUUCGUCGGUCUCCGGUUCGAGGUGCACAAUGGCAAGGAAUACAACCGCGUGCUCAUCACCGAGGACAUGGUCGGACACAAGCUAGGAGAAUUCGCACCGUACGUUCCUGUCCCUACUGCAACCGCCGCUUUACCCGCGCGAAGGCUUGGAGGGGGAACCCUUUGCUGA